AUGAAUAAAAUUAAAACGAAUACAAAAAAAAGAAACAAAGAAAAUGAAGGUGAAGAUAUCGAUCGUUUUAUUUUAGAUCCAGAUGAUAAUUCUUAUAUCAAUGAUAAAAUAUUUACAAAAGAAGAGCUUGAAGAAAUUCGUGAUUACAAAAAAAGAGAGCUUCCAGAAAUUCCAGAAGAUCUCAUUAAUUAUAUUAUGAAAUUUUCUGAUAACAAAAUACAUGAACUUAGACGCUCGUUGACAAAUGAUAAUGAAUCAAUAUCAGAAAACUAUGUUCGUGAACUUCAUCAUGACAUAGAUUGGUUUACAUAA